AUGUGCUGUGCCACCAGGCAUCAGAAGUACUACCUGGAGCUCCAGGGGCCGUCCAGCGAGCUGACGGCCCGCUGUUGGCGUGAGGUGCUCACCCUUGAGCUCCCCCAGCCUGACACAGGCGACCCAGCCCUUAACCGCCAACUUAUCGCCCUCUUCUACGUCCGGCCGUUCGGCGAGCCACCGCCGACGACCGCCUGGCAAGAACUCGGCCUCGCAGCGAUCUCGCCGGCACCCAUGAGCCACUGGGAAGAGGCCGCAGCGACGGCCAAAGCCGAAGCCGACACGAGCAGCAACGACGGUGGGCUGUUGUGUGCUCGAGUCACUGUCAGCGCCCUGUUCGACCUCGAAUCCAUCUGGCUGUUCCGCCGCCGACACAACUCCCCAGGUCUCGCCUACUCAGGCGUCAUGGGCGACAAAGUCACAGAGCUCCACUUCACCAUCACCCCACCACAGCCCGAGCGCAGGGAGAGUAAGGGAGGAAAUGUACCCUCGGAGAGCCAGGUUGUCGACCGUAACGGCCAGCCAAUGGCGUUCGAGUUCCUCCAGGAAAGCCAGCCCGGUCUCGGACUCGCCCACAUGACCCACGGCCCAGAGAGCGGCUCUUCUCUCGAGCGGAGACACGGAUUCGUUGGUCAGCGUAGCCCACACUUCGUCGAGGUAUCGGCCGUUACGAAGGAACCUGAUGGUCAGACGCCGAACCAAAUCAAAGUUAGCAACGCGUGA